GGAGAGGCAGGCUCGGACCGGCCCACCGAGCUGCCGCCGCCCUUAGCGCCCUCCUCGCCGACGCCAUGCUCCAGUUCUUGCUUGGAUUUACUUUUGGCAACGUGGUUGGAAUGUAUCUGGCUCAGAACUAUGACAUACCAAACCUGGCUAAAAAACUAGAAGAAAUUAAAAAGGACUUGGAUGCCAAGAAGAAACCCCCUAGUUCAUGAGGCGGACUCCAGCACUGCCUUCUGGAUAUACGGAUUCUGCUGUUCUUGAGGGCCUCCUUACCAUCUGAACCAAAAGCUUUUGUUUUGAAUUCCAGCCUCAACAAUUUUCCUGUUAGAUCCUGCGUCGCUUGAGAGCAUAGAUGGGGCCACAAGUUAAGAACCACCCUUUUUCAACUUCCUCACCUCAUCCCUUCCUCCUUCCAGCCACUUGAGAUGGCCUGAGACUGGAAUUAUGGUGCUAGAUUAGUAAAUGUGACCUUUAAUUUGUAGUCUCUCCUUUAUUCUUGGAAUUUCUACUCUUUUCUAAAGAAAAAUUGAUGAGUUUUAUAUAGCCGAUCAGACAUAAAUAAUGCUGAUUACACAGCUUAGCGAUUAUAAUGGGUGUUUUAAACAUUUGGUACUAAAUUAUGUUGUUUUAAAGUCAUUAAAAUUAAAGCCCAGAAGCCAGUUACUCCGGAAUUAUCCACUUAGUAUAUACUGUUGUCAGACAGCUCCAUAAGUGCUAAUUUAAUCAGUAAAUCAAUUUACUACUCAUUAACUGAGAAACUAUAUUCUGAGAACCCUGUCAGGAACUAGGGAGUUAGUUUAAAAAUGUAAAAUAAUGGCCCUUAUCCUCUGUAGAAUUCAUAGUCUAGUACGCGUGUUUUUCCUUAAUCGUGUCUUUGAUUUGGCUCUUUUCCCUCAAAAGAAUCCUACUUAUCUUAGGGGAUUACAGGUGCAUUUGACGUUACAUGAUGGAUAAAUGACAAGUUGUAAAGGAAAUUUUAUGUCUCUUGACAUUAAAAAUGUAUUUACAUUAUACCUUUAUAGUGAUUCUCAUGAGAAACUUUGAGGGUUUUUUUUUUUUUUCCCUGCAGUCAGAAAUCACCAUUGUAUGUUGACCCGUAGGUAGGGACAUCUCUAAGUUCCUCAUUUAGCAGGAAGAAGCUACUGAAGAUGAGACCUCCACCCAAUUGCCAAAGAUUUGUCAUUGUUGAUCCAUCAGGGCGGAACAGAGAGGCCACUUUUAGGCAACAGGCUUGAGCAGUAAAAACCUGAGCAAGGCAAAAGGGCCCACAGUGACCGCCAAGCUGACGCAAACAGGCUCAUUAAGCCAUAGGCCCUAACCAACCAAUGGGCUACUUAAAACCGGUCAUGGUCCCUAAGAUUGCCAGAAAGGGAGAAUUCUGUAGUCCCUUAUUUCUCCCUAUAACUGUGGCCCCUCACCACCACCUCUUGGCAGUCUCU